GUGGGGGCUGUACUGUGUCCGAAAUGGGACGUCCCACUGGAAAUGUCUUCUGUGAAAACUGGUGAGGCUGUUAGAUCGUCCCAGCCCCGCACACUGCUGAUUUCUCCUCUGGUCCCUGCUCUGCAAAGCUGAAGACUUUGAAGAUGAGGGUGUGGAUUGUCUUCAUCCUGUGCCUGGCUGGCCACGCCAUGGCUGCUCCUACUGAGGAGGAGCCCAUGGACGAGGGGCUGGUGGCUGAGGAGCCAGUGACUGAGGAGCCCGUGGCUGAGGAACCUGUUGUUGAGGAGACCGAGGUUGGGGCCAACCCAGUGCAGGUUGAGAUUGGAGAAUUUGACGAGGCCAUUGAGGUUGUUGAAGACGUUGCUGCCGAGAAUCCCUGCCUGAACCAUCACUGCAAGAAGGGCAAAGUGUGUGAGGUGGAUGAGGACAACACCCCCAUGUGUGUGUGCCAGGACCCCUCCUCCUGCCCCGCUGCUGAGGGAGAGUUUGAGCAUGUUUGCGGCACUGACAACAAAACCUACGACACCUCUUGCCAAUUCUUUGCUACCAAGUGCACCCUGGAGGGAACCAAGAAGGGCCACAAGCUGCACCUGGACUACAUCGGACCCUGCAAAUUCAUCGAGCCCUGCCUGGACACCGAGCUGAACGAGUUCCCCCUGCGUAUGAGGGACUGGCUGAAGAACGUUCUGGUGACUCUGUACGAGCGUGACGAGGACAACAACCUGCUGACUGAGAAGCAGAAACUCAGGGUGAAGAAGAUCUAUGAGAACGAGAAGAGGCUGCAGGCUGGUGAUCACUCUCUGGACCUGCUGGCUCACGACUUCCAGAAGAACUACAACAUGUACAUCUUCCCCGUCCACUGGCAGUUCGGCCAGCUCGACCAGCACCCCAUUGACGGAUACCUGACCCACACAGAGCUGUCCCCCCUGCGUGCUCCCCUCAUUCCCAUGGAGCAUUGCACCACCCGUUUCUUCGAGCAGUGCGAUGCUGACAGCGACAAAUACAUCGCUCUGGAGGAGUGGGCCAGCUGCUUCGGCAUCAAGGACCAGGAUGUUGACAAAGAGCUCAUCAUCUAAGCUCCUCUGAGCAGCAGCAGCAGAUUGACAACUCCUAGUCGCUACUAACGGGACGAGGUGCUGAUCCCUAAGUUAAUAUAAAUCACAGUAACGGUGCUAAUUGCAAAUAAUUUUUAUUUUGUUUUUUUAAUUAUGACCUUUCCUACCUAUACCACUAAAAAAAGAUUACAAAAGAGAAACGUGCACAGUCUGUACUAACCAACCAUCACAUUUUUUAUGAAUUCUUUUUGUUUGUUGAAGAAAAACACCCAGUAAAGGAAACUAAAGACCUCUGAUGUAAAUGUAUGUUGUUGACAUUAUUCUGUGUGCUAGGAUUUGUUCAGGGCUUUAAUUGGAGAUCACGCUGAAACAAAGGAGACAAAACUGUAAAGAUGAAAAUAAAGUUUCUAAAUAAAUGCUCCCUUUGCUUGCUUUCUACAAAACACUGAUUUAGUUUUUGGCACUCUUUUGGUGGUGGACUCUUUUAUCAUUUUGUGUAUUUUGGUUUUUGAUCUUUUGACUACUGCUUUAAGAGUUGUUCAUUUUUAUUUUCCAUAUAGAUUCUGUGUCCCGGACGAGGACACGCGUGUACUGAUAUUUGAAACAAUAAAGAGGAAAUAUUGUUUGGACAUUUCAUGAGGGGAAAAUCUCGCAGGCUGAGAGUUUUUCUCAUAAUUCACAUGUUUCUGAGAGCACAAGCUAACUCUUCAAUGAAUAAAAGACUUAUGAAAAGA